AUCUGCUGGAGAUGCGACGGUUAUCCGCAGAGGACGGAUGUGCGCCGGUCUUCGUGCAGAGCAUCACGCUCCGUUGAGCGCAAAGACGGCUGAUCGUCGGCGGUCGUCAGCAGUUAAAAGGACGCGCGUUGUUUUCUCUCCUCUCAAUCUUAUUUUUUUUGCGCAUGUUUUUUUUUUUAGCGGGUACUGGAUGCGGCGUGAAGCAGGGUUCCUCUAGGGAACACCCCACCUCCCUCAUAUGCGCUGUUGUCCUCAACGGCAGACACGCACAAGACUCAGACGGGGACUGUUUGUCUGGAGCAACAUCGGAACGUGAUUUAACCAGACGACAGUUUUUUUGUGAAAUCCAGCAUCCCGGCACCGAUCGAAGCGUGCACUUAAAAAUGCCUGGAACAUUCUCCAGCUGCUCUUCCAUGCGUUUCUCCGUGGCAUCGUAGUGAACCUUUCAGGGAUUUAAAUCUCCUGCUAGCAUGUUGCAGCCUUCUACCAGAACAGGGGACGGCCUGCUGAAGACCGUACCUCAUUGGAGUGAGUGUCCGGGAUGGGUCCUCUCGCUCACCCUCUGUAUGGCGCUCCUCUGGCUUCCGGGGGCAGCGGCAUCCACCCUAAACUGCCAUAAGACAUGCAUCUGCGCCUCGAACAUAGUGAGCUGCUCCAAGAUGAAUCUGACCACCGUCCCAACAGGUCUGCCGCUCUACACUGCUGUGCUGGAUCUCAGCUACAAUGAGAUAGACCGUCUGCGGUCAGAGUGGACCCCCGUCAAGCUCCUGAAGCUGCAUAAUCUCCUCCUCAGCCACAAUGGUCUCCACUUCCUGUCAUCGGAGGCGUUCCACAACGUGAAGCAACUGCGUUACUUGGAUCUGUCCUCCAACAACCUGCAACUGCUGGACGAGUUCAUCUUUGAGCCUUUGGUUAACCUGGAGGUCCUCUUGCUGUACAAUAACCAAGUUUCCCAGAUUGACCGCUCAGCCUUUCUCGGCAUGAUCAACCUUCAGAAGCUCUACCUAAGCAAGAACCAAAUCUCCCGCUUUCCUAUGGAGCUGGUCAAGGAAAAGUCCCACCUGGAGAAACUUAGUCUUCUGGAUGUGUCCUCCAACAAGAUCAAGAUGUUACCCAUUGAUGAGCUCCAGGCGCUGCCUGCCUGGAUAAAAAACGGCCUCUACUUCCACAAUAACCCUCUGCUGUGUCACUGUGAUCUCUACACACUCCUUUCCCAUUGGUACAUUCGAAAGAUGAACUCCGCUAUGGACUUCAAAGACGACUACACCUGUAUUCUGGCUGGCCCUCAAAAAAACAAAGUGGGCGUUUUCAAUCUCAGCGGUGACAGUAUGAACUGCAGCACCUUCAAGGAGGCGGACGAAGAGGCUUUUUUGGAGCAGAGGUUGAUACUUGGCUGUGACACCAAACGCAGGGGGAUGUUAAAAACCUGGAUAACGCCUGGUAAUGUGGUGGUGACACCUGGAAGCAACCAGACAGCCAAAGUAUUGCCAGACGGAAAUCUGCAGAUUGACCCGGUGAGGAACGAGGACUCUGGGACCUACACUUGCUUUGCCAUGAGCGAGGCCACCAAUGAGACCAUCUAUGUGGUGCUGAAGGUUCACAACUUCACCAUGCAUGGUGGCAGUGACAGCCUGAACACAGCCUACACAACCUUGGUGGGCUGUCUGGCCAGUGUGGUGCUUGUGCUCAUGUAUCUGUACUUGACACCAUGUCGUUGCUUCUGCUGCCCCAACAAAGGUAAGGCUCCGGGUGAUGACAGCAUCCACUCGUCCAUGCUCAGCGUGACGCCGACUCACGAGGACCCGGCGCUGAACAGGCACGUGGCCUUCAUUGACUCCAAGGACUUACGGGGCCAGAACGGCAAGCUGAACCCCAGUGGGGAAGACGAUGACGAUGAUCUGGAUGCAGAGGCUGGUUCUCUUAUGAAGGGGAAGAGGAAGAAGUCAGUAGCAGAGUCCAUCAGCUCCGUCUUCUCGGACACUCCAAUGGUGGUCUGAGAUGAGGCCGACAAGGACUGGAUGUUCAUGGUACAACGUGGGCCAUGUUUUAGAUGACGUAAACUGUGACCUUGUGGGAGGAUAAGAAGAAAGGAAGUCCAUCUACAGCUGUCGGCAAGUGGAAAUAAGGAUCUCAAAGGGGGUAAAAAAACAAAGCAAGUCUUGUUUCCCACAAGGACAAUAAGCAGGACCUUUCCAGCAUAUUAAUCUGUAGCACUUAAUAUUCAUACUGUGAAGGAAUGGCAGUGUUCAUGAACCGAGGGAACAACGCAAGUCUUAUGACAGUGAAACAAAGACAAUUUAUUGUUGGUGUCAGCACUCAGGAAGUGAUCCAUUAAAACGAUAAAUUGUGGAAAAUAAGGUUUGAAAAAGAUUUGAAUCAUGGCCACCUCAUAAUUCUAUUUAUUACAUGGACUAGAAUAGAUUCAUCUUACCUAAGCAUCAAAGCAUAGAUACGUGUGCUCCUCCUCCAUCAACACAGGGCUAGAGACUUACACAGGCCGCGGCCGCCAAUACAUCCGUCGUUAACCUCGAGUCAUCUUUAGAAAAACAGCAUGCCAUCAACACGCAUUAUGUGAGUUCUCAGGCUGAUCUUUUUAAGUGGGAUGAAGAGAAAACAGUAGUCCAAACAUUACUAAAAGGUCAUCGCAGGUUAUUUCCCUUCUGCUUUAAAUCCAAUACUGAGUUACGCUCAGAUAUAUCUUAUGGGUCCAAUCGUUAUUCAGAGCUGUGUAUUGUGUUAAAGGAGAAAUAGAGAUCAAUUUACAGAUAGGUAUGGUAUAAAAUAGUUUACCAGCUUGAUCCAGAACAUAAGAAGAAUUCAUUAUUGCACAGUUUAACCCCAAAGGAAGCCGUACACAAUUAAAAACAUGGCACGCAGCUAACAAAUACAGAUUAGAUAUAAGCAGGAAAUUGUUUUGUCUUGAAUGAUUAGCAACAUAUUGUCUCAGCUAUGUAUACAGACCGGUACCAUGGUUCAUUAAACAGACUAUUACACAGAGCUGACUCUGACUCACACAAGCAGGUUAAAGACCAGGUUAAAAGCUGCCAGCUUGAGUUUAUUUGAAUCAUUCUUAUAUGUAAAAGGAGCACCUUACACAGAGCAUAACCCUGAGUGUACUCAUAUGCCAUAAAUUAUGUAGUAGAUUUUAAUAAGUGUCACGCUGUCUUCUCCUGUAGUAGAUAUACGCUGCGUCAGCAGGUAAACAGAGUUCGCCAAAUAAUAAAACCUACUGGGUUUCGUCCAGAAGAGUAUGAGUAUGUUGAUGAGGCUGUACGUAUUUGACAGGACGGAGCUGACUUUAGCGUUUGAAGCUUCUGUCGGGGAGAUUUCAGAAGAAACGUUGAAUUAUUUUCCAUGCGAAACACCUCGUAUGCUGUGCAUAUUUUCAUCAACAAGGUUGAAAAGAGGCACGGUCAAGAAAGGGUGAUUUUAAUAAAUGGUGCAGUUAGUGUCGUAACACAAGAAGGUUAGUAGUUGGUAAAUGCUAAUAGAAUCUUUUGAUGCCAUUGUCUCUCUGACGAGCAGGUGAUAGGUGUGUUACAUCACGAGUCACAGCAACACAAAGCCGUUCUCUCUGGCUCCCUGCACGCUGACAGCCCCAAUUCAGCCCAGAUGUGUUUGCCUUUUUGUGUGUACCUCUGUCAUUACAAGGCCGAUAAGCAAUCACUCAACCGUGAUUCCCUUUAAGUCUUUAAUGAUGGUUGUGAGGGAAACGCCUGGAACGUUCUCUCAACAUUUGUUCUCUGAGUCUUAUGAUUUACAAGAAGUAUAAUACAAGAACUUUGGAAAUAAUGUAUUGCUCAUAUACAAAUACAUAUGUAUGUAAAAUCCCAGACCUCUAGCUAGAUGUCAGUAUAGCUCUCAAAUCAUAAGAUGUACACUUUUCUACCCAAAAUGUAGGUCAUGUUCACAGGUGCAGGGUGCAACGCAGCAUCUUCUGUGUGUGUGUGAGAAGAGGAAGCCACACUUUUCAGAGAGGUGGUGUGUUAACCGUUCUCGCACACACAUGGGACCACCAGGUGGAAAUACAUGGAGCAACAUUUAACACCACUGCUGGAUUUUUAGAAACUACUUAAUGGGGGUUGCGGAAUCUAAUAUGGUAACAAAAUAUACUAAUAUGCCCCAAAGUAACCCAAUAUCAAUCGAGUUCAUUCAGGCCUUGUUGCCACUCGUAAUAAAGGUUUCACAUACAGAGAAAAAACUCCUAUUAUUCUCCUAAGUCCUAUUGCAAAGGUCCCAACGUAGAGUAGAAGUGUGGCUUAACCUUUCUCCAAAGCAAAUCUGCCUUCCUAUAUAUAUACAGUAUAUAUAGAUAUAUAUGUAUUACGAAUCACUAUUCUUGUACUGCUAUGUUGUACUGACUCCACUCGUGUAUAAUCGGAUGUCAUUCUGCAUCAUGUGUGCUGCUGUGCUACUGUUUCUGCAUUCAAGUCUUGACCAUAAAUGUUCGUUCAUGUUUUAAUUUUUAAUGACAUAGGAUGUAUUUUACGCUUGACAAUAUGGUGAAAAUCUUUAUUGAACAUGUAUGAAAACCUUCAUAGGAGUGCCGCUUUUCCUAAUGGGCAGUCAGCAUGUAGCCACCAGUUAUUCUCAGUCAGUAUCGUAAAGCCAUAAGGAAUUAAGAAGAGUGCUUCAUCAGAUUGGUGGCUGUAUCAGGUAACAUAUGGAGAUCUCAAAUGGAUACCCUACAAUUAUUAAAACAUAACAUUUUUAAGAAAAGUCAAAGAAUAUUUUUUUAUAAAAGCUGGGGAGGAAAACCGAGAGACUUCCCCGAGGAAUUCCUGUAACACAAUGGGUUCCAAAUGGAUUAAUUAAUCUUCUCAGGACUAUGUCAUUUUUAAUUUCUAGUUUGUUAUGAUGCACAAAUGUUUUCACACUUGCAACAUCAAUAAAACACACAAUCUUAGGUUGGAGAUCUGUGUAGUUCACAGGCCUUUUUCUUUCUGCCGUAAUGGUAUAGUUACUGUUCACUUCAUUAUUAAGGAAGGGAGUGGUCUUUGCCAAACAUACAGCUAUAACCUUUCAUCUGAUGGUGUGUAGCAGCAAUUAAGGAAACGUCCUUGAGGCACUCUGCUUGAAAUGUGUGCAGCUGCGAGUGGCCACAGGACAGGAAUGGGGCUUUUAACAGCCUUACAAGCUCAGAGUUUAUUGAUUACCGCCCUCAAAGAUGAGCUGGAAGGUCCCUGCCAGAACAGCUGAGAGGUCUUGUGGCUAAAGUGGAAUGGCUUUGCAUGGUUUGCUUAAGAGCUUCUCUGACUGCAGGAUAGGUGCAACCCAGUAGACAUUAAUGAUAAAGAAAAUGUCAUUUGAAUUAAUAAAAAAGAUCAAGAUAUUCA